GUGGUUGUGUUUCAGUUUCAACUCGCGAUGGAGGCUACUUACUCCGCCUAGAGUACUCCAUACACACGUAUUUCGAUUCAGGAAUAGACAAACACGCACACAAAUCCAGAAAGAGAACGGUAGCAACAAAGAGAAGAAAGGAAGAGGGAGAGAUGAAGAAAAGAGUGUGAUAGAUUUCGGGGGACAUACACAAAGAGGAAGUGUAGACAAAAUCGAGAAAUAAAGAAUCAGUGAUUUGAAAAAAGAAGUCAGAGAAGUAAAAGGAAAGAUGAAUAAAAGAGAGGAAUAAAGGAGAGGAGUGGUGAAAGAUGUAAACAAAGUAGAAAAAUAGAGGAGUCUUCAAAAAGGACUCAGUUACGCGGAAAGGCAUAAAAGAGAAGAAUAGAGAGGAGCAAUAAAAAAGUGUUCUUAAAGGAAGGGGAUAUAAAAGAGGAGAAGAGUGGAGGAGUAAAUAGAGUGCAUUUUUAUAAGGAUUGUUGUAGAGGAAUGAUCAAAGUUGAUAUAAGGAAAGUUUUCUACUUUGUCGGAAAAGUGGGGGAAAUGUAUAAAAGAGAAAAGUUGGAAUAAGGAGGUGGGAGGGGGACUGAAAUCGAUUUUCCCAGGAGAGGAUGAAUUCCUCUUCCAUCAGUACUUGAAGAAUCACUUGGCUCAGACGCGCCAGGCAGAAGAAGUACGGACGGCCGUGGUAGCAGAAGCGAAGGAGACCGGAUGUAGGUUGGUGCAGUGAUUCGACUGAUUCGUUCAAGAGUGCCCGUGGCUUCCAGCGAACUUCCGAGUGCCUGUUCGUUGUAGGCUUGUCACUCCCGCGUGUGCUGCAAGCCUUCUUUUAACUUUUUUCGAAUCCAAUUUUUUUAUUUUUUAUUUCACCCACUUUUUGUGCAAAAAAGUUUCAGAAAAAGUUGCUUCCGCCGGAGAAAAGAGUUUCGGAAAAUGAAUUUUCGACUUCUGGAAUUAGGAGUUACAGCCUGGAAGAGAGGAUAACUUUUCUGGAAGGAGAAGCCGAUCAAGAACGGCGGAAGUCAGGAAAAUGCUCGAGGCAAGUAGAAGAGAGGAAGUCUUCUCUGGAAACGGCUGACUCUCAACAUAGGGGGCACAGUGAGAACAUGUGAAAAGUGUACAUAUGCAAGCUUCAAACUCACUAUGUUGAAUUUCAAAAAUUCACCAUAAUUCCCGAUUCAAUUCGGAAUCUCAAAAUCAGUCCGCAAAUCUGAUCAGAAAUAAAAUAAAAAAAUAUAAAAAAUUAGUAAAAAAUAAAAGCCAGUGCCGGAGUAAAGGAAAAUUAUCAUCAGUGAAUCCGCAAAGUGUCAGCGACUCUUCUAGGUGAUCAUGCCAGCCUCACUAUCGCUAAUGUGAUUGCGAGUGUGACGCAAACCUGCGGUGAGGUGAGGGUGUUCGCGAUGAAAUGUGAAACGCGAGGUGAUGCAGAGGACAUUAAUUUUACCGGUGCCUCGAGGAAAUACACAAUUGAUCUAGUAUUUAUUAUUAUUAUUCUUAUUAUUUUUAUUAUUCCGAUUAAUAUUAUAAAUAUAGUGAUCAAAUUCAGGCUCUCUUUAUUCAAGACGAUUCUCAGUGCUGAGAGAAUUGAUGACACCGGACCAGUUGGUAUUAUUCAUCAUUGUUGGUCAAGUUCAAUCUUCAUAGUGAAUUAAUUAAUAUCGAAUUAAUAAAUGUUAAAUAAAUUAAUGUCGAGUAAAUUAAUUUUGAAGAAAUAGUGUGAAAUAAAUGUUGAGUCAGUUGAUAGUGAAGUAAUUAAUAGUGAUUUAAUUGAAAGUGAAGUGCUGCUUCCGGUGCUGGUCAAAGGAAGUGUCCUCGAGAAUGAGCGGUGGACAUGCUGAGUGAUUGGAGAAGGAUCACGCUUAAUUUUCAAGGAUUUUCAUCCACCUUGAAUAAUUUUUUCAGUCAGAGACAGCUCCUCUUUUUAAGGAAAGAUGAGCUCCAUAGAUUUCGACGAGGUGCUGCUACACGUGGGAGAGAAAGGCCGAUAUCAGAACAUUAUGUACUAUCUGCUCUGCAUACCUGCCACCCUACCAGCAGCUUUUCUAGCAUUCUCGCAAGUGUUUGUAAGCGCUUCGCCGGAACACUGGUGCAAAGUACCAGAACUGGAGAACUUAACAAGCAUAUUGAGCCUCGAAGAACGCAAGGCUCUUUCACUGCCUUUCAGGAUAAAAACAGAUGGCAGAAGAGAGUAUGACAGGUGUACUAUGUACGAUGUAAAUUACACUGCAAUUGUCGAGUCAUGGUUGCAUAGUUCCUUAUCUAACGACUCGGAAAUUGAAGCUGAAAAUUUAAUGUCAUCAUCGUCUAUCAUCUCUUCUAACUUGAUUUAUCCACCAAGUAGUCUUCCACCUCCACCAGUCAGCAACCCUAACUGGCCCAUCACCAAAUGUCGUCACGGUUGGAUCUACGACACCAAAGAUUACGACAGCACUCUUGUCACCGAGCUAGACCUCGUUUGCGACAACAGCUGGUGGCCUUCCACAUCGACGACCUUUUUCUACGUGGGUAGUCUUUUUGGAAACGUUGUCUUUGGUUGGAUCGCAGACAAAUGGGGCAGAAGAACUGCCUUUUUUGCCAUACUUUUCUUAGAGGUCAUCUUCUCCAUAGCUACUAGUUUCAGCCCCAAUUACGUCAUCUACACGGCCCUUAGAACCGUCAAUGGCCUUUUCUUCCCAGCCAUUUAUCAAAUUCCCUUCAUCCUCGCCCUCGAAUUAAUGGGUCCGAGGUAUAGAACCUUCGCCGGCAUGGUCAUUUGCAUGUUCUUCGCAUCGGCGAUGUCGCUACUCGCGUUGUUGGGGUACUUGUUGAGGCAUUGGUACACAUUGUCAUUAGCUACGUCAGUUCCAUUUAUUCUACUAUUUAGCUACUACUGGAUAAUUCCAGAAUCUCCAAGAUGGCUUCUCAGUAAAAACAGGAUAGAUGAAGCGGAAGUGAUCGUGCAGCACAUGGCCAAAGUAAAUGGUAGAACUGUGCCCACGAACUUUCUUAGAAAGAUGGAGAUGGAUAUUUUAAGGCGGCAAGGAAUUUCCUGCAAUGGGAAAAAUUCCGGUGAUAUGUCAGAAAUUGAGACUGAAGACAGGCCGCCACCGCCAUCUGCGACGCCAAUGGAUUUAAUAACGAAUCCUAACAUCAGGAAAAAAUUUUUUAUUUUAGCAUUUGACUGGGUUGCGAAUGCCGUUGUUUAUAAUGGUCUCUCGUACAACACGACGAAUUUGGGGGUCUCUGACUACUUAGCUUUCUUUAUCGGUGGAAUAGUGGAGAUACCAUCCUACGUGAUUACUUGGUAUGCCAUGGAUAGAUUAGGCAGACGAUGGGUUCUCUGCUUAACUAUGCUUUUAGGAGGAGUAGCAUGUGUUUCUUGCAUGUUUGUCCCCGAAGAUGCUGUCUGGAUAACAGUAUGUUUGGCGAUGAUUGGGAAGUUUGGAAUAGCAGCUUCCUUCGCAGUCUUCUACGUCUUCGUGGGAGAACUGCUACCGACAGUUCUCAGGUCGCAGGCGAUGGGAAUUGCCUCUUUCAUAGCUGGGAUAGGUCUCCUGACUUUUCCCUACAUCGUGCACCUCGCAGUUUACUCGAGGGUACUGCCAUUGAUAAUUAUGGGGUCCUUAAGUGUGGCAGGAGCUGUCACUUCAAUCUUCCUGCCAGAAACUUUAAAUAUACACUUGCCACAGACUGUCGAGGAAGGCGAGCUCUUCGGCGCUGAUUUCAAACUCUGGUCCUGCCCACCGAUAUCUGCGAGAUGCCCAAGAGAAGAAAAAUCGGAGAUCCCUCUGAAAUACUUUGUGAACGGAGGUCCGGAACGUCGAUCGAAGUCAAACAUUCUUGCAGAUUCCUCGCCUUCGGAAACGGCGCCCCUAGAAAUAGAAAGAUGUCUCCUGUCCUUAAGCGAAGACGAAACGGCGAGUUUUCGUUACGCCGACAGUGAAGAUGUCUAGGAACUGAUAAAAAAAAGACUCAAAACAAACAAGUCAUAUUUAAGAACUCACAACAGUGGUAUAGAAGUCCUUGAGCUUCUAGCUGUGAAAAAUGCCAAAAGUCCUUUACUGAUUCCCAUGAGUCCUUCUGACUGUGUCAGUCCUCUUUUCUGUAUUAUACUCUCAGUAUAGGCACGCGUUGUAUUUAUUUCCCCCCAUUACAUUUAUUAUAAAAGUCCAAUGUCUUCGGAAAUCCUGCCUCGUGUCCGAAUUCCUCGUGCGUUUUGCUCGAGUACAUUAUAUUUUAUUCAAUUAUUCAUUCUGGUCGUCAAUGCAAAGUUUUCUCCAGUGGUGAGGAAUAACUAGUUUCUUUUAACUAAUUAGUUUUUUUGGUAAUAAAGUUACUUUUGUAAAUAAGUAACGAAUUAUGUCGUUAUUUUUUUCAGUGAAAGUUGCGGUAGAGUUGUCCUAAGUCGGCACAUGAAGUGUUUUGGUCAAAAAGAGAGCGUAAAUAGGGUUCAGGGCGCUUCGGCGAUGCCCAACUCGCAUUUUGACCUGUUUCGGUUACCCCCACCAUUGCAUCCAUCGCUUUACUUCUCGCUAGCUUAUUUUCGCUGGGAUUAUAUCUUAGAAGGCUGGCGUACCUGAGAAAUUUUAACUGAUCAUUGUAAACAGAAAACGUAACUUUAAUUUUCCGGAUUCCCCACAAUAAAAUUAAGCCGUUGUCCCUUUUGGUCCCACUAAAAAAAAUUCCCAUGGAAUUAAUUGCACUCAAAUUCGAAGAUUACAAAAAAUCUUUGAUCAAAUGAAAAUUUUUUAGUCUCUU